GUCACUACCUCCCCUGCCACCGUCCCCUGCCCCUCCUUGCCUUCCCUGUGUCGAGGGGCGGCAGCGUGCCGCUCCUCACUCCUCUGAGUUCCCCCCGACGGAUGCUCCUCUGCAGACCCUUCACAUGGACGUGUGGGGCCCAGCCCGCGUCCGUGGACAGGGCGGAGAGCGCUACAUCCUGCUGGUAGUUGACAACUACACGCGUUACACCACAGUCUUCCCCUUGCGCACCAAGGGAGAGGUCCCUGCUGUAUUGAUCCCUUGGAUCCACGCUACUCGUCUCCAGCUGGAGGGGCGCUUUCGCACGGACCUUCCCAUCCUGCGACUGCACUCUGACAGAGGUGGUGAGUUUUCCUCUGGCCUCUUGGAGGCCUUCUGUCAGGGGGAGGGCAAUGAGCAGACGUUCACGCUUCCGGCCUCUCCUCAGCAGAAUGGGGUUGCUGAGCGCCGCAUUGGCUUGGUCAUGGAGAUCGCUCGUACCUCCUUGAUCCAUGCGGCUGCCCCCCAUUUUCUGUGGCCGUUUGCAGUCCGGUACGCCGCGCAUCAACUCAACCUCUGGCCCCGUGUCUCCGUUCCGGAGACCUCGCCGACACUGCGUUGGACGGGAGCGGUUGGCGAUGCGUCUGUGUUCCGUUUUUACCACCCCACCUCGCGCCGUGUCUUCCCCUCUCAGGACGUCACGUUUGACGAGUCGGUCCCCUUUUACCGUCUCUUCCCCUACCGCACUGCCCCGCUCCCCCCUCCGCCGCUCUUCUUUACGCGAGACCUGGUCGAGCAUGUCGAGGUAGCUGUCGACUCUGGUCCUGCGCGAGGUUUUGAGCGUGCUGAGCCUGCGCGUGCUGAGCCUGAGCGUGCUGAGCCUGGUGGUGCUGGGUCUGGGGGUACUGCGACGAGGGGUGCUAAGCCUGGGGGUGCGGAGACUGGGGGUGCUGAGGCUGGGGGUGCGGAGACUGCGGGUGGUGAGCCUGGGGGUGCUGAGACUGGGGGUGUUGUCCCUGGGGGUGCUGAGUCUGAAGGUCCUGAGCCUGGGGGUGCUGCACCUGGGGGCGUUCUCACUUCCCAGCAGCUGCGUGAGUGGUACUCUCGGUAUUGUCGCCGCCGCAGUGGUGCUGUGGGAGCUGGAGGUGCUAUUGGAGCUGGAGCUGAGGGCGCUAAGCCUAAUGGAGUUGGUGUUGCUGCUGACCCUCGGGUUGGCGCUGGAGGUGCUGGAGCCACUGGUCUUUCAGGUGCUCGUACUGGCGGAACUGGAGCUGCUGGGACUUGGGGUGCUACUGGAGCUGCUGGAGCUGGUCCUGCUGGAGGUGCUGCUGGUGCUGCUGGAGGUACUGGAGCUACUGGAGCUGCUGGUGGUGCUGCUGGUACUGGGGCUGGUGCUGCUGGAGGUACUGGUGUUGCUGGAGGUGCUGCUAGUGCUGGUCCUGCUGGAGGUGCUGCUGGUGCUGCUGGAGGUACUGGAGCUGCUGGUGGUGCUGAGCGAGUUGGAGCUGCUGCUGGAGGUUCUGGUGCUGUCUCUGCUGGUUCUGGGGGCACUUCACGGCUACAGCCGUACUUCGUUCCCCUCCUUCAGCAGGUUCUUGGCGGUCUUAUCGAGCGUCGUGAGCCUGAGUCUCGUCCUGUGUCGCCUGUGUCUCGGCCUGCGUCACCUGUUCAUUCUGCUCGCACUGGUCGUCGUGUCCCGCGUCAUCGUCCUCCUGCUGUCGCAGGCACUCACCAGAUGGCGCUUCGUCCUUCCACUGCUCCACAGCGUGUCCCGCUGCCUUCUCCUCCUGCGUCCUCUCUUCCUACCCUUGAUGACCCAGACUCUGACUCUCUUCGUGAUGCUAGUCCUACUGUUACGCGUCUCCUGGACACUACUGUCACUGACCCUUCCUUUGAGUCAGCUGCUGCGUCUGCCUUAGUUGCUGAGCUUGUCGACUUUGCUGCUCACUGUCGUCUAGACUACGCUGCGAGUCUUGUUGCUGUGUCUGAGUCUGAGUCUGUCUAUCCUCCGUCCGUCGGGGGUGAGUGUGCUCUUGGCACGGACGUCCUUGAGGACAGGCAGGAGGACCUUGAGUGUUUUGCAGCUGCUGCACCUCAUCUCGUGUCCAUGGUACUUGCCCCUGAGGGAGACCCGGAUGCUCCAGACAUCCCGACACCGCGCUCUAACGCUGAGGCGAUUGCGGGUGAGUACUCCUCACAGUGGCAGUCAGCCAUGGACGCAGAGAUGGCAUCAUGGAAGUCCACUGGCACUUACGUCGCCGAGGUUCCCCCUCCUGGGGCGAACAUCGUCAGUGGCAUGUGGAUUUUCAGGGUGAAGCGGCCGCCAAGUUCUCCGCCUGUCUUCAAGGCUCGUUAUGUUGCUCGAGGCUUCAGUCAGCGAGAGGGAGUAGACUUCUUCCAGACCUUCUCCCCCACCCCGAAGAUGACCACUCUUCGGGUGCUACUGCACAUUGCCGCUCAGCAUGACUACGAGCUUCACUCUCUUGACUUCAGCACAACUUUCUUGCAAGGCAGCCUGCACGAGGAAAUCUGGCUGCGCCGCCCUCCUGGCUUCACUGGGUCGUUCCCUCCUUGUACCCAGUGGAGCCUCCGGCGGCCGGUCUACGAUCUCCGCCAGGCGCCACGUGAGUGGCACGACACACUGCGGACUACACUUGCGGCUCUUGGGUUCGCGCCUUCUACUGCUGACACGUCGCUGUUUUUGCGCACCGACACUUCGCUGCCGCCGUUCUACAUCCUCGUGUACGUUGACGACUUGAUCUUUGCCACUACUGACACUGAGGCUCUCGCCCUGGUGAAGUCGGAGCUGCAGAAGAGACACACGUGCACAGACAUGGGUGAACUCCGCAGCUACCUUGGCUUGCAGAUCACCCGGGACAGAGCACGCCGCACCAUCACACUGACUCAAUCACACAUGGUGCAGCAGGUCCUUCAGCGCUUCGGCUUCACAGGCCACUCCUCUGGCUACAGCUCCAGUUGUGAGGCUGAGAUCUACGCCACAGCCAUGGCUGCACAGGAGUUACGCUUGCUCACCUACCUGCUGAGUGACUCGGGAGAGCGGCCUCGUUCUCCUCCAGUGCUGUACGUCGACAACAAGGCUACCAUUGUCUUGUGUGAGGAGCACAGACUGGAGCACAGAAUGAAGCACAUCGCUCUGCGUUUCUUCCUGGCUCGAGAGUUGCAGCAGCGUAGUCAGCUUCGUCUGCGUUACGUGGCCACUCGGGCCAACACUGCUGAUAUAUUCACCAAGGCACUUCAGUUUGGUGAUCAUCAGCGUUUCUGCACUAUGCUAGGGCUUGUGCCCACUUUUCCUCACUUGCUGUAG